UGUUUGUUGCUCGGAGGUAUGCCAUACCAGAGGUAUUCCUCUUAGUCCGUCCGAACCCAACAUGCAUUGGCGUCAUGAGAGAAACUCUAUCCGCUAUCCGCUGCCAGGCUCAAUGUAGACAUGUGACAGACCAGUUUGGUCCAUGCCAAUUUUCCGUGCUCAUACAUGUAGCACUCUUACAAUUCCGGCCAGGCCAGCUAGCAGGGGCAUUUCGAGUACGGCCAACGUGCCGUUGGCUGACUUGAAAAAGUCUACCGGAAGUGUGGCAACGCCUGAAGGACCAAGCAAGAGGACUUUGAAUCUUCUUGAUGUCGUCCUUUCUCCAUCAUGUUCAAGGCCUUCUUCAAGUGCCUCGCGUGGUUCUUUCCGAAGUUCUAUGAGUUCACCUUCGUCGCGCCCGCUCCGACCACUCACUUCACCCAAAGAUGUCAAAGUGAAGGAAGUGCACGGGAAAGCAGAGAGGGACACAAUGGACAGGUUUCAGAGAAAGAGAAGCAAAGAGAAGAUGGAGGGCAAAGCAGACAGCAAAGAGAGCAUCCAAUUGCCACACCUGGCAGCCAGGCGAAGCUUGGACAAAGAGAGAAUAGAAAGCAAGAGUUGCUCAAGCCUGCCUAGUGCGAGGCCCAGCACCGGGCUUUCAGCAAGCACUGGGAGUCCAGGGCUAGGCGAAAGCCGCAGGGGACUUGGAGUGGACCUGUUUGAUGAGAUUUCUGACGUUGUAGAAAGUGCGGCAAGUGUUGACGCACGUGAGAAAUCUCCUUCACCCAGUGUUGUUCCAACCGAAAGCCGCCCCAUGUCCCGACCGCUCCCACCAGAGCACCUGCUAAGUUUGAUGAAGAAGGAGGCUAAACAAGAAGCAAGGGAGCCAAAGAUGAGCAAAGACCGACCAAAUUCCAAAUCCAGACGGAAGACCCGACGCUCUGGACCAGUAGAGAAGCAAUUCCGAAGGCUACAUGAAGGCCAAAAGAUUUUUGACUUGUACUACUGGGAGGAGAUUUUGCAGCAAGAAGGCGACGGUGGGAAAGUGGUUGUUUGUCGACCAAAGAACGGGUUGGAAGACUCGGACUUCAAGUCCUUCAAAUAUGUCAUGAAGAUCAAGAGCAAAGAAGAGCUUCGAAAGGAUAAGCAUGAAGAACAGUUCGUAAGGGCACAAAGUCGCUUGCUGAACUUGAAGGCUCCUCCGGGAGUAAUUCAGUUGCAAGAGGUUCUUGAGGAUGACAACUUCUAUUAUGUCGUCAUGGACCGUGCCACUGGUGGAUCCUUCUUCAGCUGUUUGCUGCAAGAGCAUCAAGAUGGAACGAUGCCACCCAGUGCCGUGUGUCAAGUGGCGAAGGAUAUCCUAAGAACUUUGAGCAUUUUGCAUGGAGAGGGCAUUUUGCACCGAGACAUCAAGCCGGACAACUUGGUGAUGCACAACGGCCAGGUGACUUUGAUCGAUUUUGACCAUGCAGAUGCUGACUUUGACUCUUCCACAGGGUUGGACCGUGGCCAGCAUUGCUUUGGCACAGCCAGAUUCAAUGCUCCUGAAGCUUUUCUGGGAUGCUAUGCUGCAGCAACAGAUUUGUACAGUGUUGGUGUCAUCAUAUACCUUCUCCUCACGGGGUCACUGCCUUAUCCAGCGGAGAUUUUUGAUGAUCGCAAUCCGGCCUCGCCUGCAGCAAAUCGCCGUUGGAUGCAGAAAGUGGUGGCCGACAUGGAAGCACACCGGGUGGACUGGAGCCAUCCCACCUUCUCCAAUCUUCCCAAUAGUCGUGAUUUCUGUCAAAAGCUGCUGGCCUUUGAUCUCAUGGAUCACAUCGCCACGGCCGACCAAGCCUUGCAACACCCCUGGCUCGUUGAGUGAGUGACGUGAAUGUGCGAGUGUUCGCAUGCAGCCCUCCUGUGACAAGCGUGACCGUGAAACGCAAUGCCACAUGGUUUAUUACUUACCUUGUUUGUGACUGCAGAGUCCACCGGUUUGAUACUGUGCUUGUCCAGGUGAUUUCUAAUCCUUGAAGGAAUGCCGUUAAACACAAUGUGUGUAAUUUGAGCAUCAUGCACAAGACAUCGCACACAAGAAAUCAGCGUCGAAGGGUCUCCUAAGGAGAUCCCGCAAAGACCUGCCAAAUUGUAGCAAAAGAGC